AUGGCUCAGUCUACGGCGAUGAGCGGGCGGGUGGUUGGUGACUACUUGGUGGGUCGGCAAAUCGGCUCCGGUUCGUUCUCGGUGGUUUGGGAGGCGAUGCACCGAGUUCAUGGCACGGUGGUCGCUAUCAAGGAGAUCGCUAUGGGUCGGCUUAAUAAGAAGUUACAGGAUAGCCUCAUGUCUGAGAUUUUUAUACUAAGAAGGAUCAAUCAUCCCAACAUCAUCCGUUUGCUCGACAUGAUCGAGUCUCCUGGGAAAAUACAUUUGGUGUUGGAGUAUUGCAAAGGAGGUGAUUUAUCUGUGUAUAUCCAGAGUCAUGGAAGUGUCCCUGAAGCUACUGCUAAGCAUUUCAUGCAGCAAUUAGCGGCGGGGUUACAAGUUCUUCGUGACAAUAAUAUUAUUCACCGCGAUUUAAAGCCUCAGAAUCUUCUUCUAUCCACAGAUGAAAAUGAUGCACUUCUGAAGAUUGCUGAUUUUGGCUUUNCAAGAUCGUUGCAACCUAGGGGACUCGCUGAAACUUUAUGCGGUUCACCAUUGUAUAUGGCCCCAGAGAUUAUGCAACUUCAGAAGUAUGAUGCAAAGGCAGAUCUCUGGAGUGUUGGUGCUAUUUUAUUUCAACUUGUGACAGGCAGAACCCCUUUUACAGGAAAUAGUCAACUUCAGUUGCUUCAAAACAUUAUAAGAUCCAAUGAGUUACAUUUUCCAGCGGACUGCAGAGAUUUAAGUUUGGACUGUGUAGAUCUCUGUCAGAAGUNACUUCGCCGUAAUCCAGUGGAACGUUUGACAUUUGAAGAAUUCUUUAAUCACCCUUUUCUUUCGGACAAGCAAUCAUAUGAUUUCUCAAGGAGUAGAUUGGGUACGAGAACAAUGGACAGUUUUCUUUCUUCUGAAAGCAGUCCCUCGAGAAAUAUGGAAGAAAGUUCUCAAGAUGAUUGUUUGCCGUUCCUUCUAGAUGAUGAUUCUAGUGGACCUGACGGGAGCCCUUCAUAUUUGAAAAGGACGUCCUCAAUGAAUUCGUCCCCAGGGUUUAACGUUGGUACCAGAGUUGAGAGAAAGGAGGCGGAAUCUAGUCCUUUAAGAUAUACAGAAAUGACUUCUGGGUAUAAUAGAACCAACCAGAGAGUGGAAAACAACAGAUUUAGAUUUGAAAAUCAGAUAGAUUCAGAUAGGAAAAACCUUAGAGAACCUACAGGAUUGACUGAUUCCAGAUCACUUAUUGCUAAUGGAGGAGUAGAUGAUUCUCAAGACUCGAUGGAUCAAGAUUACGUUCUCGUAUCUGGACCACCAGUGGAUAUGCCAUCAUCUUCAUCGAGUUCUUCGAAGCCUUAUAAUUUCCCUUUCAAGUCUCCGUCUCCUCCUGUAGAAUUAUUCAACAGAAGCAUAAGCUCAACGGCUCCCAUGCCAAUAAUCGGUGCUACUGGCAACAGCAUUGGUCGGUUUGGGAGCCUGGACAGUCAGAACUCUGCCCCGAGCACUUCUCAUGGGUCUCUGGAUCUUGGGGAUGCUUUUGAACAGCCAUCAACUCAUAGCCUGACAAGAAUCAGGUCUCUGAGAAAAUGUGCAGCAACAAUUGCAGAAUUAGUUCAUGAAAGGAUAAAAACUGAAAAACAGCUAGAAGCGUUCUCGAUCCAAUUGGCGAUUCUAGCAAUUUGGAAACAGGCACUGCACAUAUGUCAUACUCAGGCACUUUCAGGUUUGGAAGGAAGCCCAAGCCGAGACAUUAACAGACUAAGUAGAAGUAGCGGCCUUAAACACGAUACCCAAAAUUCUGAGAAAAUCAUUGAUCUCAGCCACGAUGGAUCAGAGGAGAUAUCCUCUCAGAUUCAGAGGCAGUUUAUCCAGGAGAUUGAGCUUGCUGAAGAACUUGCCAAGAGUAUCGAAUCUGGAAAUAUGAAAAUGCCGGAUGCAAUGGAGACAAUAUUUCAAGCAGCCCUUGAUCUUGGAAAACUCGGGGGUGUUAAGGAGCUUAUGGGAGAUGUAGAGAACGCUGGAAAUUUAUAUUCGAAAGCAGUGCGUUUGCUGGUAUUCCUUCUUGUAGAAGCACCAAUGCUGAUUCUGAAUCCGCCAUUGUCUCUCACAAACUCAGUCAGGUAUCGUCUCCGGAAAUAUAUCGAUAUCCUCAGCAGAAGAUUAAAACAUCUACAAUCACAUAGGAAAAGUUCAGGUUCUCAGAUGCAAGGAUCAUCAUCAUUAGCCAUGAUGAACAAACAACCAUAA